AUCAAAUCAAAUGUUUCGGCGACCAGACCUCUAAAAUAAAAAUUAUUUGGAAUAAAAAGAAAUUUCGGCCAAAAAAAUAUAUAUUUCAGAUUGUAAAUUAUUCGUUUUAUUUAUCCGGACAAGUGAAAAUUUUAAAAGAAAGACAAACUCAAAAUAAAUAAUAAUUUGGUCAUGGAAAGGCGCUGGUUCCAAACCGACAAUUGUGAGUUGUAUCCACAACGUAGAGCCACGGAAUAUUAUCGCACUCCGCAACAACGACCUUCCCGUCAGAGUCGCCAGGCCGAGCAUCCCCGGGAUGUCCUUAAUGUGAUACCACCAACAGGAACCCAACAAAGGACAUCCCCUCAGCACGGACCUCGCAUCCAACCGACGAACAAUCCCGCCAUGGGCACCGUGCGGAAUAGUUAUUUCUCGUGAAUCGGAUCUCUUGUCGGAUCAUCAAAAAAAGAAUAUAGUUGUCCCCGACUCCAAAUCAACUUCCCCCCCCAUCAACCCACAUAUAAGUGUUCCAAAAAAUAAGAAGAAAAAUGGUAGAAGAUCAGCGCAGUAAAGAUGUAUUCAACCAGAAAUCAGUAAUCCAACCCAGAGACCUUGUAACCCCAGAGAUCUACGAAAUUUUCAACGCACUUGACAAGUUUUCCUGACUGGUAGUACGUGAGCCAAGUUGGCCAACAGAUGGAGUUGUUUUCGGAUCAGUAUUAUUCCAAAAUGUGUAUCAUUCAGAGCCCAGAGAUAUGUCAGAUGUCAGAUGGAUGUCAGGAAAACGCCCCACAGAUAUUGUAAUUUGUUUUGGCGAUCAUGUACUAGAGAAAUCAACCAGAGACGUAAGCCUGAUCUGUUUUCGGAGAUAUUCACUUUUGUCUAAAUGUCUUCGUCGUGGAGUGGAACUUGCAAGGAAUCUUUCAUGGAGGAUUUGUGAAACUCUGGAAUCAACCGUAUUGUCUCCAAAUUUUGUCUUUCUUUGCAUAUGUCAUACAUUUGAUUGAGCGGGAGCAGUUUUCAAUAAAAAUAUUUUAUAUGUAGAACUGUAA